AUGCGUGCCGCUGUUCUUCUCGCCUCUCUAGCCACAGCCGUUACGGCCGGACCGUUCCGUGUGCAGGCUGUUGAAGGCUAUGAUUGGUCUGUCACAAACUGGCAAGCCGGUUGCGACGACGAAGGCUGCCACUACGACUUCAACGUUUCGGCUCCGGCUGACGACAACAACCCAGCCCGGCCGGCGUUCCUGGCAUACUGCACCGGCGGCGAGGAGGGUGGUCCGUACGAGGAGUGUGACCUGCUGGACGAGGCUGAUGUUGCGCGCCGGGUUGUUGCCAAGCUCUUGCCGUCUACACCAUCCAACACCAGCUCCGACGUUGUUGCGCACAUUGAGCUGAGCUUCAAGUAUACAGACCUCGAGACUUCCACCACAUGGUGGAACUUCACGGGCGAUGGUGAUGUCUCUUACAACGAGGAUACGACUACACCAUUGAUGAACUUUACGAUCAAGCCCGACUCCAUCACCGCCGCAGCAUAA